AUGUCACAUUUAGUACUAGGAACUAGAUUAGUUCCCAGUGGACAAGUAAGAAUCGCCCCAACCGAAAUUUUUGGAAUUGGACCCAAAGAAGCCACUCAGGUUCGUUAUCGAUUGGGUCUCAGUGAGAACAUAAGGGUGAAUGAGUCGACUAAGUAUCAGAUCGACCGACUUGAACAAAUAAUAGGUCGAGGCCGAGAUUAUGUUGUUCGUUGGGAAUUGGCGAAGGUCAAACGAGCAGACAUCGAACGAUUAAUUCCUAUUUCUCGUCAUCGCGGAAUUCGUCAUAAAGAUGGAUUGCCCUUACGCGGUCAACGAACUCAUACUAAUGCUAGGACUUGCCGCGCCGCAAGAAAUCGUAGCCGAUCGAGCGUAUAA